GGCAGAGAGUUUUGAGAAACCCCAUCUCCAAAAUAAGCAGAGCAAAAUGGACCAGAGAUGUGGCUUAAGCAGUAGAGCACCUGCUUUACAAGUGCUAAACCCUGCGUUUUUAAGUCCCACCAAAGAUACAGAAGGAUUUCUUAAUCAAGGUGCACAAAGCAGAGACCUGAGACAAAAAGGUUGAAUUGGACGCCACGGAACUUAAGAACUUCAGAACUUGUGUUCAGUAAUCCCCAUGGGGAGUGAAAAGAUGCACGAGGAUGGCGUGAAGGUACUUGCACCCUGCAUACCUGACCAAGAAGUGGUACACACUGCAAGCUAAGUUGACCAAUAGCAAAGUGUGCAAGAGACAUGAACAGGUAAUUUCACUAAGGGGGAUCCUGGGUGGCCAACAGAUAUGGAAAGAACUUUAGUUCAUAAAUUAAGACCACGUGAAGCUUUUCACAUACUAGAUGACCAGGUAGUACAAAGCCUGCCGAUGGUCACCUUGGUCAGAAGGAGGGUCCUGGGGAACUGUUGAUGCCUCUGGUGAAAGCUCACAUCAUCAUCACUUCUAUGUGAGCAUCCCCAUGUUCUGUAUCUGUGCAUCUUCAGCAGAGAGUCUUGACCUGGACACAUGUCUGCCAGGAGACCUGGAUAAGACUAUGACAGCCAUAUUGGUCACUGGAGGCCAGACCAAAUGCCCAUCAAAGAAAUGAUAAGAGAACAGACAAACAAGAGUCUGCCACAUAGCAGUAUGAAUUAACCUUGAAACGUGGAGGUGUCAGCGCGGGAUGCAGCAGGGAUGUGCUGCAUCAGAAUUUUGAGAGCUACAAGCCUGAAGUGCAGGAGCUGAUCUGUGUGGCUGAUCGUUUGGGGUCACUGAUGCAGUAUGAAACGCCUGGCUUCCUACCCAAUAAGAGGAUCCACAGAGCCAUGGGCUUGGCAGCCCUGGAAGUCAUGCAGGCUGUGCAGCGCACGUGGACCAACUCAAAGGUGCGCAUGAACGGGAAGACGCGGCUGAUGCAGUGGAGGGACAUGUUUGACAUCGCCGUGAAGUGGAGAAGGAUCGCUGACCCGGAUCAGCCUGUGCUGUGGCUGGAUCAGAUGCCAGUGCGAAGUCUUAGCAGAGGCUUUAACAACCACAUCAAUUUAAUCAGGGGUCAAGUGAUUAACAUGAGGUAUCUGGAAUAUUUUGAGAAAAUACUUCAUUUUAUUAAAGAUAGAAUUCUUGUUUACCAUGGAGCUAAUAACCCCAAGGGACUGCUGGAAGUCAGAGAAGCUCUAGAGAAGGUGCACAAGGUCGAGGACCUGCUUCCAAUUAUGAAGUUUAAUACUAAAACGAAGGACGGGUUCACUGUGAAUACGAAGGUUCCCAGCCUCAAAGAACAAGGGAAGGAAUAUGACGGAUUCACAAUCACGAUCACAGGAGACAAAGCUGGCAACAUUCUGUUCUCUGUGGAAACACAGACCACAGAAGAAAGGACACAGUUGUAUCAUGCAGAGAUAGAUGCUCUUUAUAAAGACCUGACAGCAAAAGGAAAAGUGUUGAUCCUCUCCUCAGAAUUUGGGGAGGCUGAUGCUGUCUGCAACUUAAUCUUGUCUUUAGUUUAUUACUUUUAUAACUUAAUGCCCCUCUCUCGAGGAUCUAGUGUCAUCGCCUACUCGGUCAUUGUGGGUGCAUUGCUGGCAAGUGGAAAGGAAGUGGCAGGGAAGAUCCCUAAGGGGAAGCUAGUGGACUUUGAGGCCAUGACAGCCCCUGGCUCUGAGGCCUUCAGUAAAGUAGCAAAAAGCUGGAUGAACUUGAAAAGCAUCUCGCCUUCUUACAAGGCUCUCCCGUCCGUAUCAGAGACGUUCCCAACAUUAAGGUCCAUGAUGGAGGUGCUAAACACGGACUCCGCCCCACGCUGUCUCAAGAAACUUUAGUGACCCGAGGGAUUUGUCACAUGAAGGGCCACGCCUUGUGCUCCUUAAGUUAUUUUUUAAAACAUGGAAUUAGGUCCGUUAUUACUUUUGAUACCAAUUUUUGAUAGGAAUUGAAUACUUGAAAUCCUGUUCUUUACUUUUCUGAACCAUAACAGGAAUCAUGAAAACAGGGGUUUGGGGAAAAAUCUACUUGACCAGGAAGGGAAGUGUAUGUAUUACCCAGCAGCCUGUUGGUUUCCACGUACAAAGUCAUAUGGCUCCUUCCUCACAGCAAAAAAGUUUACUUCAAAAGCCAAAAAUUAGUAAUGAAGAUGAACAAAGCCAAGAACAAUCUAGGAGUGUCUCCUUCCUCUUGAGAUGUGGAUGUUACUCACACUUCCUUUUCGUGCACUUUUUGUAGGUGUGUUUUUUGAUUGUGUGCUCUGUCUUAGCAGAACUGUGGGUGCCCGCAGGGGCACCGACUGAACCACACGACAGUAUUUGCCAGAAUCCUAACACUGAGUUAUUGAACCAUGUUCUUCUCUCCUUUGUUGGAAAAAAUAAACCAAGGUGAUUUCUGUAAGUCACGGU